CGUUUCUGCAGGAGUUUUGUGUUUGAAAGCCGAAAGUAUCCCGCCAUGGCAGAGGAGACAGGUGCGAUCUUCGGAAUUGCUUUGGUGCAGCCGUCGCUGAAGCCGGCCGAUUUGGCCCUGGAGAAUGUUCGAUUCCAACAGCCAGAGCUGCAAGAGAUUCAGAUUGAAGAAGCAGAACCAGAUUUUGGCGCACAAUGGACCGCUGAGGAGAAUUUUGGAUAUCGCAAUUCAUAUGAGUCCUGGACUCGAUACACAGAGGACGACCCAGAGGCAGGUGCAGGGCUGUUUGUUUCACCAAGAACUGGAAAAGAGUUGAAGUUUGCCAUCGUCAAAGUCAGCAACCCAGCUGUGCCUGCCCUAUGUCAGAUUGCACAGGUGGCACUGGCUUUGAUCGACAUGGGUUCUGGGCAAAACCUUCUGGGUCUCGUAGCGCAAAGGAUAGCAGCGCCCGUCUUUGUUAGCAGCUAACCACACGCGAAUUUGCCAUCACGGUUUUGCCACGUUCUCAUGUGGUGUGGUUCGUAGCCGCACAAGGAGGGGGCAGUGUUAGUUGUGAUGAGCCUGUUCGAUGUGUUCAUAUCGACGUGUUCACAUCAUCAUCAGGUAUGCGCAGGGCUUGAUAAGAUCAAGAGAACCCACGAGAAAACGCCCUCUCAUAUUUUGAGGACAAACCAUGCUGAAUUGGCAAGGAGCAUCGGAGUCUCAUCCAAUCAUGGGGCUGCGCCAUUUGUAGUCGUAGGGGCCAGAUUGGAGCCGCACCGGCUGAUGGCCAGGCGCGAGUUUCAUUAGGUUCCACGCUUCACAUCUCCAGCAAAGGCUUUUGUACAGGCUGCAACACGCUGGACAGAGUUCUGGGUGACGCACAGCCCUGAUCUUUCACUCAGCAAAUCCCUUCGGGCCACUGUGGCAUAAACCGCA